AUGUAUACAUUCAUAGCAUUCCUAGUACUAUUCACUUUGCUCCUGCAACGUUGGCUCACUCUUCGACAACUGAAUGGCCCUUGGAUUGCUCGCUUUACAAACCUUUGGCAAGCCAUUCAUAUAGUGAAAGGUGACCUACCGGAGGUUGUCCUAGAGCUCCACAAAAGACAUGGACCAUUGGUGCGCGUCGGUCCAAACCAUGUCAGCGUUGCGGAUCCUGCAGAGAUUAAGAACAUCUACCGUUUGCCAAAGGGAAAUUUGUAUCAAAUGCUCAUUGCUUAUGUUAAUGGGAAGAGAAUAAUGGGAUGGGAAGGUAUCCUUGACGAAAAGUUACACUCGGCUCUGAGACGACCAGUGGCACCUUAUUACCGACUUGAAUCAGUCCUCGGGUUUGAACCGCGGCUCGAAGAGACUAUCAGCGAGUUCGAGACACACUUGAGCCGCAUGAGAGAUGUUGAUAUGACCAAAUGGAUCCCUCUUUUUGCCUUGGACACCAUAAACCAGAUCGGCUUCUCCAACAGUGCGAACAUAAUGAAGCAAGGUAGGGACGUCGACGGCGUCUUUACAUUGAUAAGAUUUGCCUUCCGCUAUUACAGUUUUAUUAUUACCGUUCCAACGUUCGGAAGAGCUUUGAACUACAUUGCCAGCUUCUUUAUAAAUCCAAGGAAUGGCCUUGUCCGUCGUGUGGUGUCAUUAGCUCAUGCUCGAUACCACACCGCCCAGAAGUCUGAUCCAAGUGACCUUCUUGGCUAUUUCCUUGAGGCGUCCCGGAAGCAUCCCGGCCUAUACAAUGUGGAUGGUGUGAUUGAUUUGACCUACACAGCCCUGCUUGGUGGUGUGCACAAUACGUCCUCUACACUUAUCUUUAUGUUUUAUGAUUUGCUCAAGCAUCCUGCUUCUCUCUCUAAGGUUCAGGAUGAACUUGAUGCUGCUGUUGCCCAUGGAGGGCUGUCCUAUCCACCGAAGUGGAAAGAUAUACGGAACCUUCGAUAUUUGGACGCCGCCAUAAAAGAAGCUAUGCGUUAUAGAAGCCUGUCAAGGUUCGUCAUUGAGCGUGAGGUUGGACCACACGGCAUACAACUAUGUGGACAGGACAUCCCACCCGGUACCAUGGUGGGCUGCCUGCAGCAUGUUAUUCACCACAAUAGCACCUUUGGAUAUGAUGUCCAUACGUUCAGACCUGAAAGGUGGCUUGAGUGUACCGAUGAGGAACGACUAGUCAUGGAACGCUCUAUCCUUACCUUCGGAUAUGGUGCCCAUAAUUGCGUCGGCCAGAAUAUUGUGAGGCUUAUUAUAUAUAAGCUUCUGGCAGCGUUGUUACUACGCUUCAAGGUAGGUAGUUCCUUCAUAAUUUGA